CGGCUCUGUUCCGCUUGAGUCCGGCCCGUGCACGCGCACACACACACACACUCUUACUGAGGCUUUAAUAUCCUGUAAUAGACAGACAGAUAGAAAUCUUCAACAUGCCGUUUUCGGAAUUAUAUUUUAACGUGGAUAAUGGCUAUUUGGAAGGACUAGUGAGAGGCUUUAAGGCUGGAAUUCUCACUCAGGGCGAUUACCUGAACCUGGUUCAAUGUGAAACACUGGAAGAUCUGAAGCUUCAUCUGCAGAGCACGGAUUAUGGAAGCUUUCUGGCCAACGAAGCGUCUCCCCUCACUGUAUCUGUCAUCGAUGACAAGCUGAAGGAGAAGAUGGUGGUGGAGUUCCGCCACAUGAGGAACCAGUCGUACGAGCCUUUGGCCAGCUUCAUGGAUUUCAUCACGUACAGCUACAUGAUUGAUAAUGUCAUCCUGCUGAUCACGGGAACGCUGCACCAGAGGUCUAUCUCCGAGCUGGUGCCUAAAUGCCACCCGCUGGGCAGCUUUGAGCAGAUGGAGGCCGUCAACAUUGCCCAGACCCCUGCCGAGCUCUACAACGCCAUCCUGGUUGAUACACCACUGGCCGCUUUCUUCCAGGAUUGCAUCUCGGAGCAGGAUCUUGAUGAGAUGAACAUAGAGAUCAUCCGUAACACCCUGUACAAGGCGUAUCUUGAGGCCUUUUAUAAGUUCUGCACCAAUCUAGGUGGAACCACAGCAGACACCAUGUGCCCUAUUCUGGAAUUUGAAGCAGACCGGAGGGCCUUUAUAAUCACCAUCAACUCAUUCGGGACGGAGUUGUCUAAAGAGGACCGGGCUAAACUCUUCCCACACUGCGGAAAGCUUUACCCAGAAGGCCUAGCACAACUGGCUCGGGCUGACGACUACGAGCAGGUCAAAGCGGUUGCUGACUACUACCCUGAAUAUAAGCUUCUAUUUGAGGGUGCUGGGAGUAACCCAGGCGAUAAAACGCUGGAGGAUCGCUUCUUUGAGCACGAGGUGAUGCUGAACAAACUGGCCUUCCUUAACCAGUUCCACUUCAGUGUGUUCUACGCUUAUGUGAAGCUGAAGGAGCAGGAAUGCCGUAACAUCGUGUGGAUCGCAGAGUGUAUCGCGCAGAGGCACCGCGCCAAGAUCGACAACUAUAUCCCCAUUUUCUAAUGUUAGACCCUCUGAUUAACUCUUGUCUGAAAUUGUCCAUUCACACCCUGUUAUUUAUAAGUGCUGUAUAUUUUGAAUCAUUUCUAUAAUAUCUAAUGAUGUAUGUUUUGUCUAGAAGUCCAGCUUUCAGGCAGCAGCUUACUCUGGUUGAGAUUUAACACGUUUACAGCCUUCCUUGGAGAGGGAAUCGUCCGUGGUGGUUCUUGGUUCAGUUAAAGAGUUGAAAACUUUAAUAUGGUACAUAGGGAUCAAAAUAGCAUUAAUGUGCGACACACCAACAUUUUGUUCUAGAUGCUGUGUCUAAUGUCUAUAGUGUCUGACCAGAUAAAGACCUACUCUGACAUCCUGGUCCUACAUGUGACAGAUUUUUCCUUUGUAAAUCAGCAGAUCCGCUGUUCGUCUUUUACUUUAAUGCAUUGUUAUUCUGAUGAACCGAAGGUCUUUAGUACCGAGAUGUGUGUAAAAUAAAUAAAUAAAUGAAAAAGAUCACUGGAACAUCAACACGGAUAAAGCAAAAGAGUAUAAUUGGACAUUUUACAGACUUUAGGACUGCAUGAUUGAUUGAGUCAAACAUUCCAUAAUUUUAGCUUAUUAUACGGAAUCAUUAAAAUGAUUGAGUGUCUCCAAAUUAAACCUUGCUGUACAGACAUGUUGCGUUCCCUUUGUAAACCAAAUUCCAUCACAAUCAUACUUCUCUGGCUCAACCUUAUCGGGUUGUAACGAGUAUUAAGAAAGCAUCGGUUGAAAAAAUACGAGCGUGAACUUUUAUGAUAGAAACAUGCUUAAGUGGACGUGUGUUGAUUUUUCUUGUGUAUGGAUGCAUUAGUCUGUGUGUUGAAGCUAAUGUGAAUUGUGCUCUUCUGUUUUUGUAAAUUAGUGUUGACUAACUUAUGGUGUAGAUCAAAUUUUAUCAACGAGAGCCAAAUGUGAAAGGUCGGACCUAUAUAAGAAUAGAAUAUGAUUUAAAUAUGAAAUAUGACCUUGCAUUCAGGUAUCCCGUGCUGUAAAAGAAAAAAAAAAUACUAUAUUUAUGUUAUCUUGCUUGUGUUGGAGAGAAGUAUAUGGAUUCUGUGUCUAAAUCUAUCUGUGGAUUUUGUUAUUAAACAUGUAGGACAUGG